AUGAACUCAAUCCUUACCGCAGCUGCGCUGCUUGCAGCGACAGCAUCCGCCGACCUGUGCGCGCACGGCAGCACUGAUACCAACGGCAACUACUACUGCCAGGAGGUCAAGGCAAUCACCUACACCGGUGUUGGAGGCUCUGGCUCUUACAACAGAGUGACGAGCAUGGAUGGCAGCUCCGGCUCGUGUGCCAGCUCUCCGUUUGGAUACUCCGGAAGUAUGUCGCCUUUGGACGAGGAGGUGUCGAUGCACUUCCGUGGACCGCUCAAGCUGUUGCAGUUCGCCUACUAUGCUCCGGAUUCUUCCUCCAAGAAGAGGUCGGUGGGACGAAAGAGUGCCCACGAGCGCCGUCACGCGCACGGUCAUGCUCACCAACAUCUGCACCAUGCGCGCGACGCUCAGCCGGCUGAGGACAAACGUGGGCUAGGAGACAUGGUCACGGCGACCAUCAACGGUCUUGUCCAGACUUGGGCCAACGACUAUGCUGGUGCUGGUGCCAGCAGCACUCCAACUGCGGCCGCGAGCACUCCUGAAAGUUAUGGCGGCAGCUCGUGGGGCAACUGGGGCAGCGGCAGCGACAGCAGUGAGAGCAGCGAGAGCAGUUCUCAGGCUCCUGCCACCUCUUCCGCCAGCUCGUCUUCUUCCUCCUCUUCUGACGACUCCGACGACGACGAUUCUUCCAGCAGCGGCUCUGGCUGGACCCGCAAGGGAUACUACUCCGCCGACGACGGUACUUCUGACGGCAUUGUCUUCCUCAACCACCAGGGUGGCUCUGGCUCCGGAACUUUCGACUACACUUUCGGCAACUCGCUGUCUUACUCCAGCGCGGACGGCAAGUCUGGAGCAUCUUCUCCUCAGACCCUCGAGGCCUGCACCUUGGACUCUGAUACCGAGGUCAUCAUCAUGACCGAUGACAAGUGCUCCGGUGACGGCUGUGGCUACUACCGUGAUGGCACCGUCGCCUACCACGGCUUCGACGGCCCAAGCAAGGCUUUCUUCUUCGAGUUCGAGAUGCCCGACGACGGCCAGAGCGCUGCCAGCAUCUACGACCCAGUCAACAUGCCCGCUAUCUGGUUGCUCAACGCUCAGAUCCCACGUACCCUCCAAUACGGCAAGUCAGAAUGCUCGUGCUGGGAGUCGGGUUGUGGUGAGUUCGACAUCUUCGAGGUCCUUGCUCCUGGCGACACCCGCUGCAAGUCCACCCUUCACGGUAACAUUGCCGGCGGUGACAGCGACUACUUUGCUCGUCCAACCAACGGAUCCAUCAAGGCCGCCCUCCUCUUGUACAAGAACAACAUCCACAUCAAGGUCCUCGACGACAGCGUCGACUUCGGCAGCACCAUGGGCUCGACCUUCUUCACUGAGAUGAUCGCCGACACGGCGGCCGACAGCAUGAGCAACCUCGUGUCGCUGUUCAAGCUCAGCGGUUAA